CGUGAGUUCAGCUCUCUUCAUCUGCACCCACAUCCCUCGGGAUGAUGACAACUCAAGAACACGUCUUCUUUUCCCAGCUGAGUCGACCUUGAUGAAACCAGUCUUUUCGGGCGCCUUCGCCGGCGCCUGCUACUUGCCAGUACUUUUGUCUGACCACCAUUUCUUGCAGGAUGUCGACCUUGUCGUAGACAUGGUAAGCGCCCAUCUCUGCACCGACCUUGCACAGUGCAUGGUCAGAGUUCUCCGCACACUGCUCUACCACCGCUUGUGGUGCCUCAUGGUAUUUCGGAAGUCCAGGGCAGCGGAUAACACUUCCAAUCUGUGUACGCUGCUCUGCCGCUGCUCGAGGGAGCUUCACCAGUUUCUCAGUGGUUCAAAACGCGGGACUUCCGUCUGAUCCGUGAGUCUGAAAAUACCUCGAGAUACCACAAGCGGUGGCAGAGAAGUGUGCGGAUAUGUGUGAUGGGCGUCGGGAAUGAGGCGUCGUUUCUUCAG